AUAACAGCUACUUGCUUCAUCCUGCCUGUGCAUUAGCGGGGGCUUUUCCUCUUUCCUCAGCAGGACUCGAAGAUGCCGCAGUUACUGCGAAACAUUAACGGGAUCAUCGAAGCCUUCAGGCGCUAUGCCAGGAUGGAGGGUGAUUGCGCAGUGCUGCAAAGAGGGGAGCUGAAAAGGCUCCUGGAGAAAGAGUUCGCUGACGUCAUCGUGAAACCCCAUGAUCCGGCCACUGUGGAUGAAGUCCUGCGCCUGCUAGAUGAAGAUGACACAGGGACAGUGGAAUUCAAGGAAUUCUUGGUCUUGGUGUUCAAAGUCGCCCAGGCCUGUUUCGAGACACUGAGUGAGGGUCCUGAGGGAGCGUGUGGAUCUCAGGAGUCUGGCCGUGAUGCCCCUGCAGCCACCCAAGAGCCAGGGGAAGGACACAGAAGCAGCCCUGCAGUGGGAAGGCCUGGGAGCAGGCAAGGCCCUGCAGGGAGCAGCGACGCACAGAGUGAGCAGGCUUCCGGGGGGCCAGGAGGGCCUGGGCCGCAGACCCAGGGUCAGGACAUCAGCUCUGCUCAGAUCAGUCACCAGGACAGGCAGUUUGAGUCUCAGAGACAGGAGGGAGUGAGCCAGUCUACACAAGCAAGGGGUCAUGUGGAGCAGGCCCAGAGAGUGCGAGAAGACAAGAGUCCUCAGACCAGAGAGAGGGGGACAGAGAGAGAGCCGCAGGCCAGGGAACAGGACAGAGCCCACCAGACAAGUGAGGCCGGCACUGGAACCAUAACUCAGACCCACACAAGUACCACUCAGACAGUGGAACAAAAUAGGAGCCAUCAGACUGGAAGUGCCAGCACCCAGCCACAGGAGUCCACCAGAGGGACUGGGACCCACAGUCAAGACGGGAGGCAGACAAACCAAGUGGUGACAGGAGGACAUACUCAGGCAGAGACAAGGUCACAAACCCAGACGGUGGAACAAAAUAGGAGCCAUCAGACUGGAAGUGCCAGCACCCAGCCACAGGAGUCCACCAGAGAGACUGGGACCCACAGUCAAGAUGGGAGGCAGACAAGCCAAGUGGUGACAGGAGGACAUAUUCAGGCAGAGACAAGGUCACAAACCCAGACGGUGGAACAAAAUAGGAGCCAUCAGACUGGAAGUGCCAGCACCCAGCCACUGGAGUCCACCAGAGGGACUGGGACCCACAGUCAAGAUGGGAGGCAGACAAGCCAAGUGACAAGAGGAGGACACAUUCAGACACAGACAAGGUCACAAACCCAGACGGUGGAACAAAAUAGGAGCCAUCAGACUGGAAGUGCCAGCACCCAGCCACGGGAGUCCACCUGCAGCCAGGCCAGGGGGACUGAGACCCACAGUCAAGACGGGUAUCAGAUGAGACAGGUUGUGACAGGAGGACACAUUCAGACACAGCCGGGGUCACAAACCCAGACACACACUCAGACCAGGGAGCUUGACAGGAGCUAUCAGGGAGGAAACACUAGCAUCCAGUCACAGGAGUCCAUCAGAGGCACUGAGAUCCACAGUCAGGAUGGGUAUCAGUCGAGACAGGCUGUGACGGGAGGACACAUUCACACACAGGGAGGUGCCCCCCAGGCCGUGGAACAGGACAGGGGCCAGAUUACAAGCCACACCAGGGCAGGAGAACAGGGCCAGACCCAGAGGCAGUCAGGCAGUACUCAAAGACAGACACAGGUGAGCAACUGCGAGGCAGGAGAGACAGUGCUGGGAGGGCAGGCCCAGACUGGGGCGAGCACCGUGACGGGCAGAAGGGACACGAGCGGUACCCACCCACCGUGCAGUGUGACAGGAGGUCAGGGAGAAAGAGAUCCCACCGCGGUUCAGCAGGAGUGGGUUGAUGACCACACAAGGGAGACAGUGAUCCGAAGGCAGGACCAGGGCAGUCUGCACGCUAGUGUCCCUUCAGCACAAGGCCGGGAGGCAGCCCAGCCAGAAGGGAAGCGAGGACUCACAGCUAGGGGACUGUAUUCCUACUUCAAAAGCAGCAAGCCAUGAGUGCCCCAGCCCUGGACUCCGGUGUCCAGCACAGAGAAGAGCAGAGGGCAGUUGGCUUGCUGUGCCCUGGCCAGUCCGGUUAGCAAGUCUCUGAACGUUAGCUCUUCAUCGCGGUACUUUGCUGUUAGUUCUUUCUCAGUGAGGCCAUUUCUGCAAGGUGAUUGCUAUCCUAAAAUUUUGUCUCUUACCUGCUUUGCUGAGCAGAUGCUCUCAGGGGCAAGAAGACAUGGAACAACUCAUCCCUUUGUGCCACGUUUUCCUUAGCUUGUGGGGGGUUUCAGUUACUUUUAUAGAUUCUG